AUGGUUCUAGCUCACAAUCUUAUGGAGGGUGCAAGAACUCGAGAUAUUGAAAUAUCUGUCGAUGUUACAUUUGAUUCAAUGCUCCUCUCAAAUGAUACAUUGGAGGGCUUGAAGACGUCUGGAUUUUAUAAACCUUCUCCAAUACAGCUCCAUGGUAUACCUCUUGGAAAAUGUGGAUUCGAUCUUUUUCUGGAAGCAAAGUCUGGGACAGGUAAAACAGCAGUUUUUACUGUGAUUGCAUUGGAAAAAAUUGACUUGGAUAAGGCUUUACAGACUGUUAUACUGACACCCACAAGAGAAAUAGCAGCCCAAAUCACUGAUGUCAUCAAGCAAAUAGGCUCAAAAUAUAUUGGUCUAAAUGUUGAAGUUGUUAUGGGUGGACUUCCAGUAGAAGAAGAUAUAGAAAAAUUUCAGAAGAAGGUACACAUUGUUGUUGGUAGCCCAGGGCGCAUGAGGCAUUUAAUUCAAAAGAAAUACAUAGAUGUCUCAGCUGUACGACUGUUAGUUCUUGAUGAAGCUGAUAAAUUAAUGGAUAGAAGUUUUAAAGCAGAUAUAAACUACAUAUUCUCAAUUUUACCUAAACAAAAGCAAGUAGUUAUGAGCAGUGCUACAUAUCCAGAUACAUUAAAAGACAUUUUGCAAAACUAUGUUCAAAAGGCUCAGCACAUAUGUCCAGACAGUACAAAUAUACUCUUAGGAAUUAAACAGUUUGUUACAACCGUAAAAAGCAACAUGAAUAUUGUAGUUCAAACACAAAACAGAUUUGAAGAAUUACUGAAUAUUUUAUCUACUAUAGAAUUUAAACAGUGUUUGAUUUUCUGUAAUUAUCAAGUAAGGGUAGGAGAACUAUGUAAGAUGUUAGUGCAAAAAAAAUGGCCUGCAGAUAAACUACAUGGUCAACUAGAACAAACUGAACGUUUAGAUGCAUUAAAAACAUUAAAAGAAUAUAAAUGCAGAAUAUUAGUGUCAACAGAUUUAGCAGCAAGAGGUAUUGAUGCUUCAAAUGUAAAUCUUGUUAUUAAUUUUGAACCUCCAAGUGACUGGCAAACAUACUUACAUAGGAUUGGAAGAGCUGGGCGAUUUGGAUCAUAUGGUAUUGCUGUUUCCAUUGUGAGUGAGGGAAAAGAACUUGAAAACUUAAAAAAAACUAUAAGAACCAUAAGCCAUUCCUUAAAAAUUAAUUAUUUGUCAAAUGGUAAUGAGUUAAGUGACUAUGAUGAGAUAGAUGAAUCACAAGAAAAUGAAAAGUGUAAAAUAUCAAAAACAGAAGAAAUAAGCAAAACGUCACAAAUAGAAGGAGUAACUACAAUACCAUCAGUCGAAGAUAUCCAUGAAGUACUAGAAGUAGGGAAAAUCAACAAUUCCAAUAUUAAAAAAAUGAGUGAAACACCCCAAAUAGAACUAAGUUGUGAAACAUCUGAUACAGUUGACAGCAAGUGUAAAACACUAGAAACAGAAAAAGUUAAAUUAUUAAAUACAAAGAAAGAAACAUUUAAUGAUCAUUGCAAUGAGUUGGCAGAGAUACCAAAAUAUCAAGCACUCGAGAAUAGUAAUGUGGAAGAUAAAAAUUUUGCAAAAAUAUUCUUCUCAAAUGAGGCAUCUGAACAAAUUAAACUAGAAUCUUUUAACGAUUUAAUGGAUUCUUUCAAAGUACAUGACACUGAAAGCAAUGAGGCUAUUGCAGUUCAAGAUGAUACUUUUAAAACAUAUUUUGAUUCCGGGUCAAAUGCUGAAAGUUACCCAAAUAUUCUUUUAGGAUUACAAGGUGAUACGGACUGUGAGACAGACAAGAUGAAAUCAAAAAACAUUGUCAACGAAAAAAGUAAAAUAACCGAUGAUCAUACAUUUUUGAAUAGUCGUGAAGCAAGUCCUACAAGUUAUGAUGAUGAUAACAUUAUCAAUAAAAAAAGUAAAACACCUGAUGACCAUACAUUAUUGAAUAGUAGUGAAGUAAGUCCUUCAAGUAAUAAUGAUGAUAACAUUAUCAAUAAAAAAAGUAAAACACCCGAUGACCAUACAAUAUUGAAUAGUAGUGAAGUAAGUCCUUCAAGUAAUAAUGAUGAUAACAUUAUCAAUAAAAAAAGUAAAACACCCGAUGACCAUACAAUAUUGAAUAGUAGUCAAGCAAGUCCUACAAGUAAUGGUGAUGAUGGUUACAAUACUCACUCAUGUCUUUAUAGCAGGUCUACAAAAAGCGUGCCGCCGAAAAUUAAAGAAAAAAUUGAUGUUGAGAGUAUCUAUAGUAAGAAAAGCAAUAAGGGUAUGGAACUGAGGUCUGACAUUAGUAGCAAAUACAAUAAUUGGUACAAACAAUUCAAGGCACACGUGCAACUAAUUGAAAUGUCUUUGUACAUUGAAGAGUUAUCUAAGAUGUAA